AUGGAUGAAGCUCAAUGUAAUGCUAAUGCAUUGCCUCCUUUCCUCACAAAGACCUAUGAAAUGGUGGAUGAUCCCUCCACGGAUUCCAUUGUUUCCUGGAGUCAGAGUAAUAAAAGCUUCAUUGUGUGGAAUCCACCAGAAUUCGCGAGGGAUCUAUUGCCCCGAUAUUUCAAGCACAAUAACUUCUCCAGCUUUGUCAGACAACUCAAUACAUAUGGAUUUAGAAAAGUUGAUCCUGAGCAGUGGGAAUUUGCAAAUGAUGAUUUUAUUAGAGGUCAGCCACACCUUUUGAAAAACAUCCACAGACGCAAGCCGGUUCAUAGUCAUUCCCUACAGAAUCUUCAAGGACAAGGAGCUUCUUCAUCACCAUUAACUGAAUCAGAAAUACAGGGAUAUAAGGACGAAAUUGAGAGGUUGACAUGUGAAAAAAAGUCACUUCAUAUGGAGUUACAUACACACGAGCAGGAGCAGCAAGGAAUUGAACUGCAAAUGCGGAUUUUGACAGAGCAUUUGCAACAUGUGGAGCAACAGCAAAAAAAUAUGUUAUCAUCCUUGGCUCGAGUCUUACAUAAAUCAGAGCUUGCUCUGAAUCUCUUGCCACAAUCCGAAGCACAUGAUAGAAAGAGGAGGUUGCCAAGAAACAAUUAUUUUUGUGAUGAGGCCAGCAUUGAACAUAAUCAGUUGGGCACUUCCCAAAUUUUGACUAGAGAAAAUUUAAAUGGUAGUUCUGUUUUGGUGUUUAACAAGGAAUUGUUGGAGCAGUUGGAGUCUUCGCUUUCAUUUUGGGAGUAUAUCAUACACGAUGUUGGUCAAGCUUACAUGCAACAGAACUCAUCCGUGGAGUUCGAUGAAACUACAAGUUGUGCAGAUAGCCCGACUAUAUCUUACAUGCAAUUAAAUGUUGAAAUUGGAACUAAAACUUGUGGGAUUGACAUGAAUUCCGAGCCUGCUACUGCCGUUGUUCCUGAGGUUGCCACUUCAGAAGAGCAAGUAGCUGUCACUGUGGCUAAUGUGUCAACUGGGGUUAAUGAUGUAUUCUGGGAACAAUUCCUGACAGAGAAUCCUGGUUCAACUGAUGCGUCCGAAGUUCAGUCAGAAAGAAAAGGUCUAGACAGCAGAAAUAUUGACAUCAAACCAGUUGACCAUGGGAACUUUUGGUGGAAUAGGAAGAGUGUAAAUAACCUUGCAGAGCAGUUCGGGCAGCUUACUCCUGAAGAGAGAACUUGA